CUCUCUCUCUCUCUCUCUCUCUCUCUCUCUCUCUCCCGAACUCAACGAGAUGGAUAGGUACCAGAGGGUGGAGAAGCCCAAGGCAGAGCCCACGCCUAUAAACGAGAAUGAGAUUCGCAUAACCGCUCAAGGCCGUAUGAGGAAUUAUAUUACUUACGCCACCACUCUCCUUCAGGACAAAGGGUCGAAUGAAAUUGUCCUCAAGGCAAUGGGCAGAGCUAUCAAUAAGACUGUGAUGAUUGCUGAACUAAUCAAGAGAAGGAUUAUUGGCCUCCAUCAGAAUACUUCUAUUGGAUCAACUGAUAUAACUGAUGUGUGGGAGCCCCUGGAAGAAGGCCUGUUCCCUAUAGAGACUACUCGGCAUGUUUCAAUGAUCACAAUUACUUUGUCAAAGACGGAACUGUCACCAACCUCUACAGGCUACCAGUCCCCUAUUCCGGCUGAUCAAGUGAAACCGUUGAACGAUUUUGAGGAUGAUGGAGAGGGUUCACCUAGAACCCGAGGCAGGGGACGUGGUGGCCGAGGAAGAAGCAGGGGUAGAGGGAGCUACAAUGGAGUUGUUGAUUAUAAUGGAGAUGGUUGGGAUGGUGGGCGUGGCUAUGGUGGAAGAGGAAGAGGCCGUGCGAGAGGUGGUUCUUUCAGGGGUCGAGGACGAGGUUAUGGUCAGCAAGCUGGAUACUAUGAUUAUGCUGAAAGUGCACCUGUCCAAGGUCGUGGUCUCACAGGGCGCGGUCGAGGAAGGGGAAGGGGCCGUGGGCGUGGUCGUAGUACCCGAUUGGAUGGCCAAGCACCAGCUGCUUGAGCAGAUGGUUGCCUAAGUACUAGAUAUAUGUGGACUUGAAAAAAAAAAAAAAAAAAUAGCUAUGUGGGAUGCCUGCUCUGCUUAUGUCUUCGUGAAGUUUGCUGAUAUCUAUGGGCAUUGUCUUUCCUUUCAAGUUUUCCAAGUGUUGCAACCAUGAUGCUUGAAAUUUUGUUUGUAGGUAAUGAGGUUAGGAUACUUUUGUAGUUCCUGCUAAUCGAGUUUUUUAUACACCUUAUAAAGGUUUGUAAAAUGUUUCUCUUUUCUUUAUAGAAAUAAUAGAGCAGUACAUUAUUUUAUUCGUGAUAGAAUAUUGCAUGCUAACUC